GAUGCGCGGUGGUGGUUCGCCCACGCCUGCCAACGGGAAUAUGCAAGGCCGGCUGGCUGCUUGGAAUGCGUCUUCGUCACCAUCAUCGGGCCAUCAUCUUGCGCCUCCUCGUGAUCAGUAUUCGGACAGGCAACGUGUGCCGUCCGAGGGACAGUCGCUGAGGCAGACGGCGAUCAGCGUGACUAGUGGGUUCGCUCCCGCCGCCUUCGGUUUCGGCAAACGGGCAGUCGAGAAGAUGGGCCGGGCUUGGGGUGGUUUGACGUCUAGUUCGAGCUCGGGACAUUCGUCAUCCUCCUCGAGCAUCGCGCCGUCGUCCUUUUCCGGCGGCCAUCCUUUGGGCCGGGUUCAUUCGAACCAGUCGACAUCCAGCCAGUCUAACGCAAGUGGAUCGUUCCCAAGCAAGCACAAGCAGCGUCGGACACCCAAUGCUCCUUCGGCGACCUGGAGCAUCAGCUCCUCUGCUACGGGUUCGUCCUUAUCGGAAGGGGAACAAUUCCCUGCCGCGUCUGUUGGCCCUUCCUUGGGCAAGCGGAUGCGGGGACCCCUGCGUUUGCUGAACAGCUCGUCUGCUGCUGCGACUGGCUUGGUCUUUGGCAGGGAUUUGAAGAGCUGCGUGCAGGAGACAGCCAUCAACCCCGCUCGGUUCCGUCGAGACGAUGAUGAGAGUGUGCAUAACGGCGGUCACCGUCGGCAGAGGAGUCGUGGAUUGGACAUGGAGCUUGUAGGCGCGAAGGCUCUGGAGGAUCGGAUGUUGCCCGCUCUCGUGGUGCGGUGUGCUCAGCACCUACUACGGUGGGGUAUUGAGGAAGAGGGACUUUUCCGUAUCAGCGGGCGGUCGUCUCAUAUAAACAAGCUGAGAGCGGAAUUCGACACAGGAGCUGACUACGACAUCUCUGAUUGUUCGCCCGGUGAUCUCGACCCGCAUGCAGUAGCGUCUAUCUUCAAGGCGUAUCUUCGCGAGCUCCCUGAACCCAUCCUGACACAUGCCUUGACGCCGUACUUCGAUGCUGCCAUGAUGGCUGAGAAUAACGCCAGGAGUGCUGAGGAGCCAUCGGAGCCCCGGAUGCAACGAGCUUCGAGAGGACCGACUCUACCUGCUGGUCCUAGAAGCGGCCACCCCGGUCUGCGGAAGCCACCUUCGCUCUCGACGUUAGCUAUGCCCAAUUUCUCAGGUAUCCGACCACCAUCGCAGCCCUUGUUGAAUGCGCUUUCAUCUUUGAUAUCACGACUGCCGCCGGAGAAUCGCGAUCUCCUUAGGACGGUUACCGAACUGAUCAAGGAGACCGCGAAGAGACAUAAAGAUACGAAGAUGCCGCUGAGCAAUCUACUGCUUGUAUUCUGUCCAAGCCUCAGCAUGAGCCCGUCGUUGUUGCGUGUCCUGUGCGAAGCCGAGGGCAUAUGGGACGGUCCGUUGAAAAGUGCUGAUGAUCCCUAUAUCAUUGACAUCAAAGCGGACCCGAGUCCCGUCAUUGACAUUCGCUCCGAAGACGACGAUGCAGCAGAUAGUGAUGGAGAGGACGGACAGGAUGGUGAAAGUUCCGCUGCCCAAGAAAUGCCGUCUGACAGGGACUCCCUCCCGGGUGAAGAUGAUGAGGGCGAGUCGGAGAGCGACGACGACGAGGUUGUUCAAUUCCCCACAGUUGUGGAGCGGAAGAUCAUGCGUCCGUCACCCGCGUCUCCAGGUCAGUCUAGUGUGGUACGGACCCCGUCGCCUCUGGCAGCGAGCAGUCCUGCACCAUCCCGAGGUGACUCGAUAUAUGCACCGGGUGUCUCGCCUUCCGAUUCAUCGUCGUACAAAGAUGACGCUGCGUCGUACGUCUCAGCUUCCGAUGUGCCCUCCAGCGACGCGAGUGAACGUAUGUACAAUCCUUAUUCUCCGCGGGCGCUCACGUCAUCUGCCGAUUCUUUGGCAACCCCGUCCACCAUGUCUGAUGAUCCCUCCCUUCCGCAAGUCCCUGGUGCCGCUCCGGAGAAGCCGUUACCGUCCUUCGAAGCCUUCUCUUCGCCCAAGAUUGCGGAUAAUUCUAACCUUCCGCUGCCCCCAACGGAGACUAGUAACCCCGUACCCUUCCCUUCGGAGGCGGAGAUGACGAAGCGGGACCCUAUAGCAGAGCGCUCGCGACCGUUGGCUGUAUCGAUGGUAAACCAGAUGCUCGAGUACGACGAGCAUUCCAGGUCGCCGACUGGAACAUCGCCUUCACCCCGUAUGACGCGCGUGAAGAAGCCGUCUUUACACCUUCUCUUCACGAAGCGCAAGUCUGGUUCCAGUCCCUCACCUGUGUCGUCGCCCUUGCGGCGAUCCGGUGUGCAAGCCAUAUCACCUUACUUACACACAGCGGCGACAUCGACGUCUUCCGUCUCGACGCCGAUUACUGCUGUCACUGCUCCCCAAGCAAGCACCUUCAGCCUCCCACCAAAGCUUGACUUGUCCAUCGAGUCUUCGCCCAUCGAUCUGAAUAUUCCAGUAGCGGGAGGGGCCAAAGCUUCUAGUCUCGACCAGGCAAGCGAUCUGGCUUCGCCAGGGGAGUCCUCGGAAUCAACAGGCACUAUUACGCAAAGCAUUUUCCCUCUGCAAGAACGCACUAUGUCUUCAAUAUCCUCCUCAACCUAUGAAUCAUCUCGAUCUCAUGAGACUCCAAUCGCCGACAUGUACUGUUCAGGUUCGAGUAGCCCUGCGCCGUCCGUUCAAGCUCCCUCAGCACUGGGCAAGUCUGGCUCUGCUUCACAAUCACAGGUGUCGCUGACGCCCUCGUCCUACGACAAGCUACACGUUGGCGUGCAUGAUAGCAAUGAUGAGCCUGAGGAAGAUUGGGCAGGGAGCGUGCUGAAAGCUGCCCAAUCUGGUUUGAGUGAUCGGGAGGGUACCGCAGCUGGGGCUUCCCGAUGAGCCCAGUUCUUGGUGGUAUCCGAUUCAUUCUGGGGUCGUGGGUCUCAGUCGGUGUUGUUGUUCCACUAUCCUAUCAUUCGUCGUUACUUUCUUUUCUUGAUCUGUGGACGGUCUGUUAGCAUGUGCAUCUUUCAUCAUCACUCACGAUUUGGCUCUUGUCACCCAGAACCCUCACCAAUUGGAACCCUGCGACACCUCACUAUUGCAUUUGUCAUGACAUCUACUAAUUUCAUGUCUCCAGUUUUUAUUGAUUCCUCUAGUUAAAUUAGUCCUGGCCCGCUUGUUUCCGUAGAUAACCAUACCCUACUCGAAAUUACACGCUGCGGAGAUGCAAUCAAUUGGAA